AUCAGUUAAUAAAAACUAUUUUGUUCGAUUAUAAACUUUAUGCUCAAGAACUAAGAGUCGUUUGAGAAUAACUGAAAUGGAUGACAUAACAUUGUGUUUGCAUAACUGUUGAGUACACAUGCAAGAUUAUAGGUUAUAAAAGUAGUCGUUUGACACACGUCAAGUGAAUCGCAGGCGCACGAAGUUUAAUCGAAAUUUAUCAUUAUAAAUUAAAACGUAAAGUGUUAGUCAUAUUCAGUCAUAUAACUAUCGUGAUUAAUGCUAAAAAUCAUAUUUGACAUUGUGUUAAAAAAAAUAACCUACAGGUGACAUUGUUUUGUUUUUUAAUACAGUGAAUUUGUGACUGAAGUGCGAUAUUAUUCUGCCAAUAUGGACCGGCGAAAAACCGAAAGUAGUGCUAAAAGGCAAAUAUUAACGGCGCUGAUAGCGACUGUACCAACAUUUACGUACGGCAUCCAGAUCGGCUGGCUGUCCCCGAUGGGCCCGCUCCUCAAAUCCGCGGCGACACCUGCGCAGGCGCCGCUCUCGGACAACGACAUCUCGUGGAUGGCGGCCGCACUACCGCUGGCGGCCAUUUGCGGGAUACCCUUCUUCAGCUACGCAUCAGACCGAUUGGGAAGGAAGAUAUGCGUGAUUCUCGUGUCUUUGUUGUCUUGUAUAUCCUGGACAAUAAAACUGACAGUUAUAAUGCCACCAGCCCUAAUAGCUGCGAGAGUGAUAGCUGGUCUCGCGGCUGGGGGAUGUUUCGUAGUCGUACCGGUGUACGUCAAAGAAAUAUCUGAAGAUUCGCUACGAGGGGCCUUGGGCUCCCUGACUAUGACUGUGUGUAAGCUAGGCGUGAUCUUCGUCUAUGCAGUCGGCAUGGCGGUCUCGUAUAAAGUCAACCAGGCUGUGUAUUUGGCGGUGGCUUGCGUGCAUGUCGUUGUGUUUUGUUUCAUGCCUGAAUCACCGAACUUUUUGCUGAAGGUUGGGAAAGAAAAGCAAGCAGCUUCCACGAUAUCCUGGUUGAGGGGGUUGGACAAGAACCACAAGACGGUGACAGGAGAGCUGCUCAAGCUGAAGGAGGAACAACGCCAGUUUGAGGAGAUGGCCAGCGUGACCCUGAUCAGUGUGGUACGAAACCGCACGACGUUCUCGGCGCUUCGGAUGACGCUCAUGCUGAUGGCAAUGCAGACUCUAUCGGGGUGCUUCGCCCUCAUGAACUACGCGGCUGACGUGUUCCGUCGCGCCGGCACCGAGUGGAGCCCCAACACGCUGGCGCUCUUCAUGGGCUCGCUACAGCUUGCAGGCUCGUUCUUUACCACAGUUUCCAUUGAGAAGUUUGGAAGAAAGAUACCUCUAGCAUGCAGUUCCCUGGUCGUCUCUAUCUGUAUGACGACGUUAGCCACGUGCUUCUACCUCGGGACCGGCGUGGUCAGCUGGUUGCCAGUGACGGCCGUGUGUGUGUGUAUACUGGCGUACGGAGCCGGUCUCGCGCCAGUACCCAUGGUUAUAAUGGCUGAAGUUUUUACUUUCCAGGUCCGAGCCCGAAUGGCGGGAGCAUCAAUGGCUUUCUCAUUCUUCUGCAGUUCAAUGACGGUUCUCUUCUACACGCCGAUCGCAAACCAGUUUGGUGCCUACGUAGUGUUCUACACCUUCGCCACAGUCACCCUCUUUGGAGUGGUAUACACUAUAUUCUGCGUACCGGAGACUAAAGGGAAAAGUCUAGAAGAAAUACAAAAGUACUGGAAAAAGACUGAACCUGUUUUUGUAUAAGAUUUCUUGCAAGUCCUGUAGAUAAGUAAUGUUCCUCAGAGUGUUAAAGAUUUGAAUAUCUAAUGGCUAAAUGUAUGGAAAUGUUAAUGACCAGCGUUUUGUCUCGGAACGUGCAUUUUCCAUUUCCAUACUACUGAUUUACCAAGCAUUAAAAGCUGACAGAAAUUCUACUUGUCUAGAGAAACUGGUAAUGGAAACCAAGGUAAAGUAUUUUCUAGAAAUAUUUUUGGGAUAUGUACAAAUUAUGAUAAGGUUCGAAAUAUGUAAUUAUGUCUCUCAUACUUAUUACGUAUAAAUUAAGUAAACAUAGAUAAAUGAAAACAUGAAAUAAAUUGAGCUCUUGAAUAAUAUGUGCUUGAAGAAAAAUAAAAGAAAUCUACUAUUAAUUUAUACGUACAGUAUAUCCUCAAGUAAUUAUGUCUCAAUAUACGUAAUUUCAAAUUGAUGGGCGAGUUAAUUAAUUCGACUUACCAAAAUGUCUCCACUUAAAUUAUUAGCCAAGUAUUUAAGUUCUAUAUUAGUAAAUUCGAUUCUACAAUGAAUGAGGAAUUGCGUGAUUUCCAAAAUAGACAUUUGUAUAUAAUUAGACUAAGGUAAUGAGUAAGCAUGAAUGUAUAAAAUAUCAUUAUUUAUAACUAUUUAUUGUCGGAGGUUAACAGCUUACGUAACAACGGAAAUAAAUCAAAAACAACAAAAA